CAUGCAGAAGCCAAGAGAAACCGAAGCAAAUCAAUCCAAACUCACAUAAACCAGAAAAAUCGAUAUUCGUAAUGGAGAGGACGCAAGAGCAGCAGCAGCAGCUGAACAGGAAGCCAGCUGCCGGGGCUAGCGAAGCCAAGGGGAAGAUAGAGGAAGGGCUGCCAAUGAAGGACAGUCCGUACCUGCAGUACGAUGACUUGGAGGAUUACAAGCGUCAGGCCUAUGGAACGGAAGGCCAUCUCCAGGUGGAGCCCGGCCGAGGCGCCGGGUCCACCGAGGGCCCCACUGUUUCUGGCGCCAAUGUCUCCUCUCAGGGUGAUAUCUCCGCCACCGAAGCUAUUAACCGCCAAGGAGUUCCUUAAUUAGUUUUGUUUUUAUUUUUCUUCAUUUCAAGUUUGAAUUUGGUAACGCUGCAUGUGUGUUUUAAUUGUGUCCAGAUCUAAUAGAAGUGUUUUCGUUGAGUUUGACUUUU